AUGGAAAAUUAUAACAAAGCGACGUCGACCGAGCUGGAUGUGCCGAAAAUCGAGAUCAGCUUCGAUACGCCGAACCGGGACCGCUUUCUGCGGGACGACUUUCACAACAAGCGCGACUCAUACGCGAUUCUGGGCCGCGGCAGCUACGGUGUGGUUAUCAAAGCGUCCUACCGCGGUCGUCCGGUUGCGGUGAAAAUCCUGGAGAAGCGUCCACAUCGCCACCGGUGCCGUUACGAUUCUCUGCUGAACGAAGCCAACGCACUGAACCUGCGGCAUGACAACAUCGUAACGGUGCUGAAGAUUGUGGCCGGUGCCCAGUACGGGCUGGUGCUGAUGGAGCGUUUCGAUGGAUACUGUUUGCAGCAAUUGAUUGGCCACCAGCGUAACGAUCCAAUCGCGGUUCAACACAAACUGCUGAUUCUGUGCGAUAUUAUAAGUGGAUUGUGUUUCUGCCAUCGACACAACAUCGUGCACCUGGAUGUGAAGCCCCAGAACGUGAUCGUAACGGUCAAUGCGACCGCCACUGGUGCAUCGACGCCGGGCGCGCCCUGUCAGCAGCUCCGAAAGUAUCUCUGCAAGCUGUGCGAUUUCGGUUCAUCGAUGAUGCUCGAUCCGUGGCAGCGAAACGAAACCCUAGUCAACCGUGGCACGAUUCGGUACAUGGCACCCGAGCUGUUGCGCGGCCAACACUGCACGAUGGGCGGUUUCACCGAGCGGGCCGAUAUCUACUCGUUCGGCGUCACAAUGUGGCAGCUGGAUGAGGAACGCUUUCCGUACGAAGAAAUAACCUGCAACGAGGUGAUCGCGUACAAUGUCGUCAAGAAAGGUUUACGGCCGGAUAGCAUUUCCAGCGUGGCGUUUGCUCGUCGUAUGACCAAUCUGCCGGCCGGCUUGCGCAAUAUUGGCUGUCUGCAUGGAAGCCUCCGUGCACCGAUAUCCCUGACCGGUGGGUCCCAUUUAAACGGAUGUCUCGAAUCCGACGCCGUUGACGAUGUGCUCAAGCGCCAGGGCAUCGUGGUCGAGUAUCGGGCUAAGCGCAAGGGUAGAAAAAAGAGCCAACUCGGUGCACUUUGGACGGAGGCUGAUUCGAGCGAACAGCACCUUAACGCCAUCUUCUGUGAUCACAUCAGCAUUCCGAACAACAAACGCGUACAGCUAAAACAGAUGAUACGCACAUUGUACAGCAAGUGUUGGCUUAGUGAUCCAGCUGCCCGCCCCGAUGCAACCACCGUUCGUGCCACGGUUCAUCAGGCACUGGAAAAGAUCAUUCUUUGCAAGUGCGCGAAGUAA